ACCGACCGACCCGGCGCAAGGUGCAGUGUGGAGAAAAAUCCACCGCUGCGUAGCUCGCGCUUCCUCCCCGCAGCCUCUCCGCCUCAUGGACGCGUACCACCACCAGCGCCGCUUCGCCGGCUCCGGCGACGCGCCACCACCGCCUCACCCCUCCCACCCGAACGCCCACUGGUACCCCGCGCCCCCGCCCCCGUACCCUCCCCACCCCAACCUCCCCUACCCUCCGCAGCACCACCAGUGGGGCCCACCUCCUAACGUCCAGCACCAGCGCCACCCUCCGCCGCCGCCGCAGCAGCAGACGUACGCGUAUCAGCCGCCGCCACCGGCGCCUGGGAACCCCUGGCCGCCUCACCACGCCGCCGCCCAGCCCCCGCCGCCCAGCUACCCUCCGCCGCCGCCGCCGCCGCCGCUGCCGGGGCAGGCUUGGACCAAUCAUUCAUGGGCUCAAAAUCAUGGAUACCCAGAUCAUGGCAAUGAGGAAGAUUGGGCUACAAAGGCGAAAGCAUGGGCUGCUGCUAAGUCUGUUACGGAAAACCGCCCGGUUCAACAGCGUGCCAUGUCCACAAUUAGAACUGAAAAUCAUCAUUAUGGUCACCAUGAUCAGUAUCAGCAUCCAGCUGGUCUGCCAACGGAAGUUACAGAGCCUUUACACCCACCAGUUCCUCAAUCAAGUAACGACCAUGUACCAUUUCCAAUGACAGGUCAACGUAGGGAAACAAACCAUUUGCUAGAUAGAGGUUUAAUGGUGUCGCCAGCAAGGAAUUUUGGUUCAUUUCCAUCCACCUAUGAGCUGGAGGUAUCUUAUAAUUAUUCUUCUGCUCGAGGUAAUGGGAAUGCUAUGCUUCAAUAUCCAAGCUCGCAAGCACAGUCAUUUCCAACUGCCUCGUCUGUUCAAGAUGGAUUCACAUGGGCUCCCCCUAGUAUGCCUGUUGCUCCCUCAGUGGAACAGCCUCCUUUUGGGCAUGAACGACAGUCAGUUGAUCCAAGUGACCAGCCUUUGGAAUUUAACAGCAGGAAAGCUCCUGAUAUGGCAGUCCAUAUGAAUUUCAAUUCUACUAUUCCAGCUGCUCCAACAGUAGCAUCAAAUCAUGAUGUUGUUGCAACAUCAGCUCAUUCAUGGAUGCCGUCUGGUACAGUAGGGUUUCUCCCUCAAGCUCCAGUGCCACGACAAGCAGCACAGAUGGAUCCUUCUGUGCAUCCUGCACCACUUUUUGGAGCAGUCCCUGGUUCAAACUAUGUCCCACCUACAGCAUUUGGUGUUGGUAAUGUAGCAGAAGUGUUUCCUACAGAUCCAAACACUCCUUUUAAUGUUGCAGAAAAAUCAAAGAAACCUCCAGUACCUAACUGGCUUCGAGAAGAACUUUUAAAGAAAAAGUCAACUCCACUGAGUGCUUCAGCGCAGCACUCAGCAAAUUUAAAUUCCAUGGAAUCUAAUGAUGCAGAACAACCGCUAAGAAAACCUGACCAAAGCGACAGCAGAAGCAACGAUUCAGCUAAAUCCACUGAAGAUGAUGAAGAUGAUGAGGAUGAAAUUGAACCAGCUCGGACGGCAGCAAUCAACCAGGAAAUUAAGCGUGUGUUAACUGAAGUUCUUUUGAAGGUUACUGAUGAUCUUUUUUAUGAGAUUGCAACAAAAGUUUUGAAUGAAGAUGAUUCAUCAGUUGAAUCCAAUGAGUCCACUGGUAGUUUCGGCUCGAAGGAGCCUGAUCUGGGAGAAUCAAAAACCAAAACCUUGGCUAUUGUUGUUCUCCCUGUCAAGCCCACGAAUAUUAGCUCUAGUGAUAGUAAAGGUAGUACUGGGUUAAGUUCCCCUAAAGGUGCUCUUCUCAGUCUUGCUAAUUACGAUUCAGAUGAUGAUAACAGUGACAGCGACAAUAAGAUUCCUGUGCCAAAUUUAUCAUCAGAGACUAAUGUUGGCACUGCUAAUCCUGAAGAAGGUGGUAAAGGCACUCUUGGUAAACGACACGGGAAUCAUAAUGAAAACAAAAAUUCACUCGGAAACACUUCAUCAUGGGAAGAUCUUAAAUCUAUUAACAAAAAAAAUCAAAGGAGCACAAACGCAGAACAUGAGCGUGAGCAUAUUCAUGACACACAGAAUGGAGAAUUUCCUUUAGAUGCCAAAACCGUUAUCCAGCCAAAGGGUGCAAUUCAUAAAAUGGGUACGAAGGCAGAUAGAUAUGAAGAGGUAGAUAUCCAAAGCAGAAAAGCCUCUUCUGACCAUCAAACUGAAAAGUAUAAUGAUGUGGAAAGCAGCCACAGGCAUUUAGAAAAGAGCAGCAAGGACAACUUUUUUAAAGAGAUGAAGGCUGAUCAUACAAAAGAACUUGAACCUUCUACUGCAGAAAAAUAUAAUAAUGAUGACAAAUAUAGCAUAUAUGGAAAUGUUGAUAAAAAGGGUAGCUUCAAGGAGGAAAAAGGUUCUAGUAGGAUUGCAAAGCAUGAAUCUGAUACAAGGGAGCCACACUCCAGAGGUAACUCUAAGCAGGAUGAUGCCAAGGGAGAUCGAAAGGAUACGAGAGAGAGAAACAGGGAUACUACUAAUAGAAGAAGGGGAAAAGGGACUGAUGAAAAGGACAGAUCAAGGCAAAUGACAAAGAGCUCAACAAGUCAUAGCAGUAGAAGGUCACAGUCACGAUCACCAAGAGGGAGAAGUCAAAGUAGGAAGGAGAGCUCUUCACAUGUUCGAGGGAGUGUUUCGAGUGAUGAGCCUUCUGAUAGUGUGAAAAAGAGAAAGCUUCAUUCGUGUAAAAACAGCAUGUCUCCCUCACCUCCAAAUUCUAGAAAAAGACGAGUUUCGCGGUCUCCACAUAGCAAGCAUUCUCACCGCAAGCAUUCGCCUUAUUCAUCUGCCGACAGGAAGAGGUGGUCGAGAUCGAUAAGUCCAGUCAAAAGGAGAUAGAAGACACUGCGCAGUUUGUUACCCAACGGGGCCGGAUGCCUGGGUGUCCCCGUGAGACAAGCACAUUGCAUUAUUGCUGUGGUACUAUCCAGUACAUCUUUUACCUCUGGUGUCUUGGAAGAGCAACAUUCCAAUGGUGAGAAGACAUCAAUAGAGGCAGCGACUGGAUAUAAUUUCAAUGCUUAGAUGAUGAUCAUCAUCAACAACAAACAAAGCCUUUGUUCCAAGCAAGUUGUGGUAGGCUAGAUGAUGAUCGUCAUUUUAAUUUUUCUGUAACUUUGGAGUAGCAAUGGUUGCCAGCGUAGGAGGUUCUCCAGAACUGGGUGUCCGAUCUUUUGUACGAGCAUUGGACAGUAUAAUUUGUAGUGCCCAUCGGCUUGCCAUGUAUUGGUUUUUUUAGGCCAUGUACUGUACAUGUAUCUGUUCGGGUUCGUCCCGUGAAAUAUCAGGGUUCAGCUGUAGUA